AUGUUUUGCUCCUUUUUUCACGAAAAAAAAAAGAAUAUUUUAAGAUUAAAUAUCCGGUGUCAACGAUUACGGGAACACGACAAUACUGCCAAAAUUGAGCUCUUUAAGAGCAUGCGGAGACGCCGUUCUUCGACAAAAGCCUCGAGAAAAACGACGAUGGGCGGUGCGGCGGAGCUGGAAGAUGAAUGGAUCCCGUCCGAGACCAUGUCUGGAGCCGGAUGGAAAGCUCGAGGAGACCGGAAACCAAAGGACAAGCGGGUACCGUUUAAUAGGCCGACACCCUAUCAGAUCUACGAGGCACUUCCAUUCGUUCGUCGAUAUUUUAUGUACUGGAUGAAGCACACAUUUGAUAAGGAGAAGCUGUUCAUUAACACAUUUCAACCGCUGAAACACAAGCCUUAUUAUGGCGUUCCAUGUGGAGGAAUUGGAUGCGGAGCGAUCGGCCGUGACUUCCGUGGUGGUUUCUGUAAAUUCAGCCUCCGUCCAGGGCUCGUCGAGCACAAAGUCGACGUUGUCGCCGCCGAUCAAUUCAUUCUUUCCGUACGGGAAAAUGAUCGGUGUAUCUAUCAAAAAGUCUUGUCAGCAGCCGACGUUCAACGGCCAUCCGGGCAACUUUCCACGUGGGAUUUCAAAUUUCCCAAGAAAAAUGUGCAUUAUCGGGGGCUAUUCCCCCGCUCGUGGACCACUUUUCGGGUACCCGAGCUUGAGCUGACUGUAGUUAUCCGGCAGGUGUCUCCGGUACUUCCACAUAAUUAUGAGGAUACUACCUACCCUGUAUGCCUAUUUCUGAUCGAUGUUGAAAAUGGCGGCUCGGCGAGCCGGGAAUACGAGAUCUCUGUCGCUUUUACGUUUAGGAAUGGAACCGGAAAUCGAAGAUGGGAACGAGAAGCCGAGUGUUCUGGAGUCAAAUUUGAGACUGAGGAGGAGGGCCUGAAGCCUACUACUACGGCCCAAGAGAAGAUCUCCGGUGUCAGCCUGUACCAUACGAUCUCCUCGAUGCCUUGUACCUAUGGCCUAGCCACGACACACAGGGAACACACGACGACUACAGUUUGUGAGAGAUUUGAUCCCUCUCGGAAUGGAGCAGCUCUGUGGAAUCAUUUGAAACAGACGGGCGAUGUGCCGAGUUGUGAAGAAGAAUGUCUCAUAAAUGCCCGUGAAAUGGCUGUAGCCGUCUGUAACCGCUUCACCCUUCCACCCAACUCUACAAAAACCCACGACUAUGCUCUGAGCUGGGAUAUGCCAAAAGUUCAUUUCGGAUCAGUUGCUCGAAGCUAUCACCGAAGAUAUACUCGAUUUUUCGAAGCUUCUGAAGCUGGAAGUGCGGCGGAUUCGCUGUGUGUCAGAGCUCUCCGGCUAAAAGAUAAAUGGGAAUCCGAAAUUGAGGCAUGGCAAUCGCCGAUUUUAAAUCACAAAAAACUGCCGGAUUGGUAUAAAUCUGCGAUCUUUAAUGAGCUGUAUUUUAUCACUGACGGCGGAACUGUUUGGUUUGAAUUCGAUGAGAAUUGGGCUGAACACGAGACACAUUUGAGUCAUUAUACAAAGGAUAAAAUGAAGGAAAUUGGACGAUUCGGGUAUUUGGAGUCUUGGGAAUAUCGAAUGGUGAACACGUACGAUGUCCAUUUCUACGCGUCGUUUGCUCUCGCAGAGCUCUGGCCAGAGCUUGAGAUUACGAUUCAAUCGGAAUUUACCGACCAAGUAUAUCACUCAAUCGAAAAACCCACAAGAUUCCAUAUGGAAGGAGACUGGGCGAACGUGAAAACCGCUAGCCGCGUACCUCAUGACCUCGGAAAUCCCGCCGAUGAGCCAUGGAUUGCCACAAAUGCCUAUGUGAUGCAUGAUACUGGGAAAUGGAAAGAUCUCAAUAUGAAGUAUGUAUUAACGUCGUGGCGAGAUUACGUAGUCCUCUCGAAUGAACACGAGGAUUUUCUAUUUCAUACGUGGCCGGCGGUACGGAUGAUUAUGCUUGAAGCACUGGAGAAUUGGGAUCAAGAUGGCGAUGGAAUGAUUGAGAACUUCGGAAAAGCAGAUCAGACUUAUGAUGCGUGGCAAAUGGAGGGUGUUAGUGCGUAUUGUGGAUCCUUAUGGCUCGCUUCUCUUCGAGUUGCUAUUGAAAUGGCCGGGCUUAUGAAGGAUGAUGAGACUCAGCAGCUGUUCAGGAAUACUCUCGAAAAAGCGAAAAAGGUAUUCAUCGACACUCUAUGGACAGGAACCUACUUCCGAUUCUGUGAGCGAUCCCGUAGUAGAGAAACAGUGAUGGCUGAUCAACUAUGUGGUUAUUGGUUCCUUCAAUCAGUAUCUCCUGAACUAGCCGACGAGCUUCUCCCGAAUCAUAUGGUCCGAUCAGCGUUGGAUACGAUUUAUCGAUUGAAUGUGUGUAAAUUUGGAAACGGACGAAUGGGUGCAGUAAAUGGAAUGAAACCGUCAGGAGUCGUAGAUCGGGAGUACAUUCAGGCUGAUGAAAUGUGGACGGGUGUUACUUAUGCAGUUGCAUCGUUACUUAUUCAACAGGGAGAAGUGGAAAAGGCGUUUCAUACGGCGUCGGGGAGUUAUCUGACAUGUUUUGAGGAGACUGGACUACAAUAUCAGACGCCUGAAGCACUUUAUGAAUCGAAAUUCUACCGAGCCAUUGGUUACAUGCGUCCUCUAUCGAUUUGGGCAAUGCAAUGGUCACUAAAAAAGCAUUGUGGAAUGAAUACGAGUGAAGAAAAAUUGCCGAAUUUGGUGAAAAAUGAAAAAGUUGUUCCGGAAUCCGAAGCAGCAAUUCAAGUACAGAAACAACGAAUAUUAGGGGAUACAAGUGAAGAUGGUUCGAGUUUAGGAUAUGUUAGUGAUUAUCAUGAUGAGAGGAGUAUUCCAAAGAUUGCUACACUACGAUAAUUGUACUUUUUAACUGAUUUUUUUGGAUAUUUUCCCGAUUUUUUGUAUUUUACGUGGUCUUUUAUUUUUCGAAUUUUCGAUUGUGCAAUGACGUUUUUACAAUGCAAUACAAGUAUUUUUUUGAAAAAUUUUUUCUGAUUUUUAUAUUUUCUGUUGUCCAUUUAGGAUAUCAAUUUAUGCUAUUU